AUGCACCCGGCGGCGCCGCACCCGGCGCAGCCCCGCGCCGCCGCCGCCGCCGCCGGCCGCGCGCGCGUCGCCGUGUACCGCGGCGAGGGCGCCGGCUGGCGCUCGGUGCAGUCUGCCGUGGCGUCGAUCUCGCGCCUGCUGCCCCCUGAUCGCUUCCUUGUCGAUACAAUGGCGACGCGCGAGCUUCUGGCGGGCGGCUGGCAGGCGCGCGUCGCGCUGCUGGUGAUGCCGGGCGGCGCGGACCUGCCGUACUGCAAACACCUCAAUGGCGCGGGCAACGCGCUCAUCCGCGACUAUGUCAGCGGCGGCGGCAGCUACCUGGGGAUCUGCGCAGGCGCCUACUACGCGUGCGCCCGCGUAGAGUUUGAGGCCGGCAGCGCGAUGGAGGUUAUCGGGGAGAGGGAGCUCUGCUUCUUCCCGGGGGUGGCGCGCGGCGCGGUCGUGCCAGGGUUUGACUACCAGACGGAGCGCGGGGCGGCGGCGGUGCCGCUCGAGUUCUUGGGCCCUGAGGACGUGGAGCAGCUGCUCGCAGGGCGGCGGCGGCAGCAGCAGGAGCAGCAGCAGCAGGAGCAGCAGCAGCAGCAGCAGCAGAAGACGCAGCAGCCGCAGCAGCAGCAGAGGCAGCAGCAGCAGCAUCUUGCAGCAGACAGCAACCCACCACAAAGCACCAGCAGCAAUUGCAGCAUGCCAACCAGAGAGUGCAGCGGCCGCAGCAAUAACGCCCAUACUGAUGUCAGCAGCAGCAGCAGGUGGCGGCAUGCAAUAGACUACUGCAACGGCGGCCCCUUCUUUGUGGCGCCCGAUGGAGCGGCAGACUGGGACAAGGGCGGGCUGCCCGGCGUGGAUGUGCUGGCGCGAUAUGUCGACCUGCCCCAGGGCGCGUUGACGCGCGUUCAGCCGAGACAAGCGGCGCAGGAAGCAGAGCAGCAGCGGCAGCAGCAGCAGCAGGAGCAGGAGAAGGAGGAGGAGGAGGAGGGGGAGGCGGCCGGCAGGGAGACGUGUGGUUCGGGCUGCGCUGUGCGGUCGCACUGCCGUGUCUAA